AGCAGUAGUAGUGACCCAGAUGUCGUUCCUCCCGAACAUUUGACAACAUUCAAGGCAAGACUCUUACUGAAAACAAACAUGUAAUAUAUUGCAUAGUCACGUUACGAAUGCGGUUUCCGUGGCAAAACCGAUACACUCGUCGCCAUUGGCAGUCUUUUUUUUAAUUUUUUCUAACCGGGGUCUGCGGGUAAACAAAAAAAAGCGAAUUUUUCGUCGAUGGACAUUUUGUUUUUCUUUGCAGUUUUCCACUUGAACGGCGCAUGAAAUAAGUGUUAUUUCAAUACUUGCUGACAUUUAGCAGCUGCAUUAGUUGUCUGUCAGUGAAUAACAGCAUUGAGGUUUUCAAAAAGAAAAAAUAUAAUUAUAAUCGAGAAGAAGAAAAAGUGAGAAUGAGCUUCUUCAGUUUCGGUCCAAGUGCUGAAAUGGAGGUGGUGCUGAAGGACGCGGAGACGCGCAAGAAGGCAGAACACAAGACGGAGGAUGGCAAGAAGGACAAAUAUUUCCUCUUCUACGAUGGCGAGACGGUCGGCGGGAGGGUGGACGUCACGCUGAAGAGCCCCGGGAAGAGACUGGAGCACCAGGGCAUCAAGAUUGAGUUUGUGGGACAAAUUGAGCUGUAUUACGACAGAGGGAACCACCAUGAGUUUGUGUCCCUGGUGAAAGACCUGGCACGGCCCGGCGAGAUGACCCAGUCGCAGACAUUUGACUUUGAGUUCACUCACGUGGAAAAACCUUACGAGUCCUACACAGGCCAGAAUGUGAAACUCAGAUACUUCCUACGUGCAACCGUAAUACGAAGACUUAACGACAUCAACAAAGAGUUGGACAUCGUAGUGCACACGUUGAGCACCUAUCCUGAACUCAACUCUUCCAUUAAAAUGGAAGUUGGCAUCGAGGAUUGUCUUCACAUAGAGUUCGAAUACAACAAAUCCAAAUACCACCUGAAAGACGUCAUUGUGGGAAAAAUCUACUUCCUGCUUGUAAGGAUUAAGAUAAAGCACAUGGAGAUAGACAUUAUUAAACGUGAAACAACAGGCACGGGCCCCAGCGUGUACCACGAAAAUGACACCAUCGCCAAGUACGAGAUUAUGGACGGCGCGCCAGUCAGGGGAGAGUCCAUCCCUAUCCGGUUGUUUCUGGCCGGCUACGAUCUGACUCCCACCAUGCGAGACAUCAACAAAAAGUUCUCAGUGCGCUACUACCUGAACCUGGUGCUGAUUGAUGAGGAGGAGAGGCGCUACUUCAAACAGCAGGAGAUCACAAUGUGGAGGAAAGGAGACGUGGCGAGGAAGAGCAUGUCCCACCAGGCCGCCAUCGCCUCCCAGCGGUACGAGGGCUCGGCCGCUUCAGAGAGCGCGUUGGAACAGUGUGCAAAGGAGGACAGCGGGUAGAGCCGCCUCCAGGAGACUGGAUCGGCGAUCCCUGUGGUGUAGCAUCUGGCGAAGCAGCUGUUCAAAGGAGGAAUAAAAGGGAGACUGACCUCCGAAUUGGACUGUGAAAAAUGGAGCGUUCCGAGGUGGCUUCAGGCUGCUGGUUUUCUCCUUCCUUUAACAAUUUUUGUUGUUGUUUCUCAACAGGAAUCAAACUAAAUCACAAGUGUUACAACCUCACAGAUAUUAAAGCUAACGCCAUUCCGUGUAUUUGUGUAACGCUUUAACGGCUUCGACGAGCAGCAUUCCAGUUUGAAUGAACUCAUUCCUAACGACGUCCUAUGGUAAUCUGAAAUGCACUGUUGAAGAACGGAACAGGGCUACACCUUUAGGAUCUGUACAUAAGAGCAGCUGGAUCUAGCAUUAACCUGACCUCAGCGUUCCAAUGACAUUUAGCGGCCAUGUCAUGUUUAACUGAUCUGUUUUUUUGUUAUAUAUAUAUAUAAACCUAUAGACACUUCUGUUUGUCAAAUUUGCUUCUAAAACAUGAUUUUAGUCUUUUAAGAAGAAGAGUUACAAUGUAAUUAUAUAUAUUUUGCAAAGCGCUUACAAACUGUUAAUCAUCCCCAUAUGUCAAAUAAAUUGAUGCCAAAUAAUAAAACAUUUUAAGUGUUUUUUU